UUGUGAAUGCGCCUUAAGUGCACUUGUCAACAUGGCGACGUAAGCCGCCUGUCUUGAAAGAAUUGUCAGAUGGAUGGCUCAUUUUUAAUGAUAUUUGUUUUGAUAUAAGUAUUUAAUUAGUGAAUAACAUUUAAGAAAAAUGCUAUUAACAUUAAAGCCAGACCACAAGAGGCAUAUAUUGUUUCUUACCGGACAAACACCGCCAGUAUUACAGGACUUUUGCAAAUUAGCUGUAGAUUAUCUACAAAAGGGACCGAAUGUUAAAGUAUACAAUGCUGCUGCUCAGAAGUUAAAUGUCGAGUUAAAUGCAAUCAAGAAUUCAGUGGAAGGUCUAGUUAAUCUCUUGCUAGAAAGUUGCAAAUAUAAGUUAAGCGCAGAAGAUUUCCAGGAUUCUGUGAUUGCAUUAGGUUUUACGGAGGAAAAGGAAGCAAUACUUAGUAAAUUAUACAGCAUUAAAAAAGACGAAAUUUCAAAUACAUUAGAAGAGAUUGGAUUUAAAUUGUCCAAAUAUCAUGAUAUGGAAUGGAGAUUUGAAGUACAGACUGCAUCAAGAUCUCUCUUGAAACAAGUCGCACCACUCAUCACUCUAGAUUUAUCACUGAAAAAUCCCAAUACUUUGGAUGAGAUUGAACACGUUUUGCUACAAACUGAUCCUACUAAUCUGCUUCAUAUAACUCAAGAACUAGAAGAAGCGCUACAAGAAAGCCGUAAUUUACAUAUUCGGAGGAUUUCAAGAGCGGUAAAAUAAGGUUUCCUGUGAUUUGCAUAAUUAUAUAUUCAAUGCAAUAAAUAUAUAAUAUAACAUGUAAACAUAUGUCAAUGUUUGUUUGAGAUUAAAUAGAAAUAUUU